AUGGUCGAACGAAUCGUCCAGCAGCAAGUCACUGAGCUCGUAAAUGCUCCUUCUUUCUCUGCACAGAAGCAAACUCACCCCACCACGCUCACAACCCCCGCUAAUCUUCUCCACCCCCGCACCCAGCUCUUCCGCGCCGACGCCCUCGCCGCCCGCCGCGGCAGCCGCAUCAUCUCCUCCGACGACCUCAUCUUCCUCAUCCGCGACGACAAGGACAAAGUGUCGCGCCUGCUGCACUUCCUCUCCUGGAAGGAACUGCGCAAGAAUGCGAAGGACCGCGAUGACAAGAGCGGCGGCGGUGACGUCGGCGACCUGGCCGACGACGCAGACGUGCUGCCACUAGACGGUGGCAGCGGCGGCGGCGGUGGUGGUGGUGACCCGGCAUCCCGCAACAGCAGCAGCAACAGCAGUAACAACAAGACCAAAUCAACCAAGAUCCUCCUCCCGUGGGACGUCGCGAACCUGUACAACGAGCACCCGCCCGAGCUCGAAGCUGCGGACGAGCAGUCGCAGCAAGAGGACGCGGCAGCGGCGGCGACAGCGGCGGUAGAGGCGGACUCCGCACAACUCCGCCGCCUCCGCGCCGCCGACGAGCGCACGCAGGCCAUGACGCGGGCCGAGUACGCCGUCUGGGCGGAGGCGCGGCAGGCGUCGUUCACGCGGCGCAGGAAAGCCAAGUUCCGCGAGUGGGCGGGGUUGGGCGUCGUCGCGGAUGCGCGGGUGGGGGAGGAUGUGAUGGAUAUACUGGGGUUUCUGACGUUUCAGAUGGUCGUGUCGUUGACGGAGAAGGCGUUGGGGGUUAAGGAGGUGGAGGAGGGGAUGCGGGCCGGGGGACUGCAGGGCCGGGAUGGGGCGAGGAGGGGGGCGGCGGCGGGUGGUGGGGAUGAAGGAAGCUUGUUUGCGGCGAGGGGGGGAGAGGCGGUGGUGGUGGGAGUGAGGCAUGUAGGCGAGGCGUUUCGGAGACUGCAGCGGGAGGGGGGGAAGGGUGUGGUUGGGGGGCAGAGGAGGAGGGGGCUGAGGUUGUUUUAG